GAAAAAGGAAACGAGUGGAGGAUGACAAGUGUUGGUAUGCGCCUUAUAGUCCGCCGCCUUCGACGGCCGCCUAUAUAACGUUACCCCUCCAUCCACUUUUAAGAAUCCCUCUACUUCUGCUACACCUCCUGCUUCUCCUCGCUCCCUACACUACCGCCUUCGUACAUCCAACGCGGUCAUCCUUCGGUGCGUUGUCAUGUUCCCCUCACAACCCCACGCAAGGCCCCACAUUUGCCACGAAGUCUGUGAUAACAAAGAGACCAAGGCAGAAUGGCCCGCAAUUCUCUCCGUUCACGUUUCCGUUCGGGAGCACCUGUCUUCGUGUUGGGCUGCAAGCUCAAGGGACAGAGGUGAGCAGAGAUAUAAUAGCGGUAGCUCGGAGUAAAGCUGACCUAUUUGAAGAUUUGCAGAGCCAUGCCCGACGGAAAGAGGCUUUCGAGACGCUUUGGAACUCGGACUUCGAGUUCAGCAAGUCCGAAUACCAGGACUUGCUCAAGGCCUGCUUCCGGCUCGGUUAUGUCAAUCCUUUUAACGAUCUGGUGGACGAGAUCCAGCGCCUGAACGUGCCCAUUGCGCUGGAGACAUGGACGGCGUGUAUCUACAUCGCCUCAUCGCAAGACUUCUUCCGGCUCGGCAUUGCCUGCCUCAAGCGGAUGGUUCACUGGGGCGUGCGCCCGGACAGCAAGGCCAUCAACCAGGUCAUGGCCUGUUGCGAGAAGAAGGGCCGCGGGGAAGAGGCGAUGCGUCUGUUUUUGUUCAUGCGAGACCACGGGGUCGAGGUUCCGCCGUUGACGUACUGGGCAUUGGCCUCUCUGCUCUCCUGCGGCGGUCGGUGGGAGGAUUUCAAAAUUGUCGAGGAAGACUUGCGCAAGCGGGAUUUUCCGGAGAGCAUCAAAGAACGCUUUUACUCGACGGCUGUAGUGGCACGCUCGGGUGCCAGGGACUGGAAAGGCUCUCUUGAUAUGCUCCGGCGCAUGCGCGAGUGCGGGGCGGUGCCAAGCAUCCGCGGGUUUACCACGGCCUUGAGCACCUGCAUGGCCGCGGGGGCCUACCAGGCGGUCAGGGACUUUGUGGAGGAGGUUCAGGGAUGGGCGAUAUUCGACCUGGACGUGGCCACCUACAACGUGGUGAUCAAUUCCUACGCCAGCGAGCGCGACCUUGAGGGGGCUCUGGCGUGGUUUGAGAAGAUCUACGAGGCCGGGCUGCGGCCCUCCCUCAUAUCAUACUCCACCAUCUUCAAGGUGUGUGCAUCCACGAAGCGCGGCGACCUGGCCCUGACUUUUCUGGACCGGCUCGUCAGGGAGGAGGAUCUGCAGCCGAGCCUCGUCACCCUCAAUCACGCCCUCCAAGCCCUGACCGCCAGUCAGGAGCAUUUCGACGACGCUCGUCGCCUCCUGGAGACCAUGGAGGCACGCUUCGGCGUCGCCCCCAACGCCUCCACCUACACCUCUCUGCUCCGCGCUGCCAGCGAGAAAGGAGACGCGCGGCUGGCUCUAGAAUUGUACCACCGCAUGAAGGACGUGGCCGUGUUGGCGCCGGAGCCCAGGUCGAUAUGGGAAGUCACGGUGGCCUGCACGAAGAGCCGCUUCUUCGAGCCGCUCGAGGAGCUGGUGGAUGAUUUGAUGGCCCUGUCAGAAAAGGUGCUGGCUGGCGAUCGACAAGACCAUGUCGGCCCCGCGGGGGGGGCGGUGGCGUCAGUGCCCGCCCUGCCUGGCACAAGCGAAGGAGGGGGAAGUGGAGAAGGAGCAUUAGGCGGGGGUGUACCUCCUCCGAACAGCAGUCGAAAGUACGAUCCAACCCGUUCGCUCCUGUACGCCUACAGCGCGCUCAUGUCAGGUCUGGAGAAGGCCGGCG